GCUGUCAGAGAGCCUCUUCUUUUCACUUGCUGUGCUCGCGAUCGCCAUAUUGGGCGCUCGAAUGACUGUGCCUGGUUUUCUCUCGGAUUUACUACGAGACGGAGCAGAUAGGAGUGUCUUGUUCUGCGCUGCGCAUUUUUACCCUACGUUUUCUUGCGUGUGCGCGCGCACCAGCUGCUCUCGUUUUUCCAACGUUUUCGCUUCUUUUUCUUUACUGUCGUUUUAAAUGCUCUUUUUUUGGAUGCGCGCUUUUCUUCUUCAGCGUAUUUGCGAAUCGCUCGGCUCUGACGGGAGGAGCGUUACGGUUACGCGUUAAAUUGCUAGUUAGUCGUCUUGUGUUUGCCUUCAUAGUUCGCGCGAGCGCACGGACUUGUGCAGCUGCUGCUGCUGUUGUUGUUUUUGUUGAAUCAUUCUAUACUCGUUCAGUUCGCAUUUAGUUUCUGGGACCCAGUUUUUUAAUGUAGAAAAAAUGUCCGAUGUGCGCCUGUCUAACGGAAGCCCCCCGCUGGAGAGGGUGGACGCGAGGCUCGCGGACCACACGAGGCUCCCGGUGCGCAGGAACCUGUUUGGCGGCGGAGCUGCACCGGACUCGGCGGAGUUCCGGCGGGACUGCACCGAGCAGCUGCGGGAGCAGGAGCGCGCUUUGCGGGACAAGUACAACUUCGACUUCGCGCGGGACGAGCCGCUCGCCCCCGGGCAGUUUGUGUGGGAGGCGAUGGACGGGAGGAGUGUGCCGGACUUUUACAGCAGGCCGCCGCGCGGAUCAGAGCCCGGGCGGAGCGGACGGAGAGCUCCGAGGCGCAGCAGCCCGAGCCCGAGUCCGAGUCCGCCUAACCAGAGCGAGGAGGACGUAGACGGAGGCGGUGGCAGUGAUGGAGGUGGAGGUGGUGGAGGUGCGGGAGUGCGCACGGAGCGCACGGCUGCGCGCUCGGACUGCAGGGGGGUAACGAGGAAAAGACGCUCCACGGAGCAGCAGGAUGGAGCCAGUCAGAGUAAAAGAGUGAACGGGAACAGUGAUGCGGAGGAAGCCAACCACUGUCCACCAGAGCAGACCCCCAGAAAAUCACCUCCUCCCAACACGUAAAAGCGAGGCCCUGUGGGAGCAAAGAGAUGAAGAAUGUGUGUGUUUCUCCAUCACAACCUUCGAGAGCUUUAUGAAGUAAACGGGGACCGCAAUGAAAGAAAGAAAGAAAAAAAGAAAAGCGCACCGUCUUUCCUAAAGGAUGUGCGAGGCAGUAGAAGCACUGAAUUUUUUUACACUAAAGUUUUGGCACUCAACCGAAUACAGUUGCCUCAAAAGCAGACGAUGUAGCAGUGUGCAAUUGUUGUUUUCCAUUUUUUUUCUUUUGCUCAGUCUUUACUACCUAUGUAUAUAUUCUCAUUUUAUAUGUAGCAUAUUUGAAAUAUAACAUUACGAUGGAAAAAAAAAUCAUUUAUAUAAUAGUGACUUGAAGAAUUGCUGUGCAGUUUUCAAAACAACUCCCAAUAAUACUAUCCCAUGUUUGCUCAUAUUUAGGUAAGUUCAGACCUAACUUCUCAAUGUUUUCAGGGUUUAGCUUAUCACUUAGAUCAGUCUUAAAAUUUAUCAUGCAUCCGUUCUGCACGCUAAAGACAUCCUGGGCACCCAGAGGUAGCAUAGAAAGUUCACCAUUGAAAGAGAACUGGAGUCUGGUGCUGAUAAGAUGUGACCUAAAGAUAAAGCAUAAAGAUUGUGUUUCGGUAUUAGCAAUAAUAUCACAGAAGUGUGCGUUGGUACUUGAUUCUGCAAUGUUGAUUUAAAACUCUGCCAAAGUUACAACAGGGAUAUUCCUUUUUUUAAGGGUGUGGUCAUACUGUUCUGAUAGUGUUUCUCAGUAUUAUUUGAUCCCUGGGUUAUUCCACUAUUUCUAAUGUUUUUGAAAGUUGCCUAUGAAAGAGAACCUACUGAGUAAAUAAUUAUUACAAAAAGGAAAAUGGUUAAUUUUUAUUUCAGUCACUUUUGUGUAUUUCUCACUGUGUAGCAAAGUACUUAUAUAUUUUUAAAAACACUGGGCAAUGUAUUUUUAAUACAGCAGUAGUCCACAAAUCCGGUCCAAUGCAACCACAUCACGUGGCUGUCAUGUUGAACAUGAUGGGCCACUACGUCCCAAAAAUAUUUACAAAAAAAAAGACGUUACACUGCAUGUGUGUAAAACUUUGAAGUGUACCUGUGUAUAUUGCUUUGUAAAAACACUGAGGAAAUUAUACUAACUUAUUUAUGUUAAGCUUUUUUUUUUGUUGUGUAUGACUAUCCAAAGUGGCAUUUGUGCAUUUUUUAUAAGUUUAUUAUUUUCCAGAUUUUUUUUUGUUAAUAGAAUUUGUUGCAAAGGUUGCAAACUGAGCCUAUACAAUACAAAUGAUAUGGAUUUUCUAUUGCUUGUUUAAAGAGAUGAUUAAAAAAUCAUGAACACUCUU